CCGUUUUGCUUUUCAUUGAUGAGCGCGUUGAAUUUGAGAGGGAUUUCGCCUACAGCUGUUUCCCAAACGAGUCUCACUUAAAAGUGUGUGUUACUCCGUAAAACGCUAAAACAAAACAAUCGGGCGAUUUAUUUUACAUUUUAAAGUUUUGAGUUUGUGACUUGGUGUCAUUCUGGACGUUCAGGGACUACUGGAGACCACCGGACACUUUCGGACCUGAAACUAUGAUUUCUCCUGUCAACAGGUAAUGAGGAGAAACUGUGAGUUGGUGUUGGCUCUUUCACAAUGGCAUUUCACGAGUUCAGAUAUUAGACAGACUGAGAGUGUGUGCUGCAGAUGUGUGGGAGGAUUUGGAUCUGUGGAGCAGAAGAUCGGAGAUCGGACAGAAAACUUUCUUCAUGAGGAUUCAGUGAAGUUACAGCACUGGAGUUAAUGUGGUAGGGCAAGAAGAGGAUGAUGCACUCAUACCUUGUGCUUGAUGACUGGACCUGAACUCUGACGGUAAAUCUCUAGGAGUUUAAUAGAAAAAUUGCAGAGCUGUGGGCAUUUGGAUGACGGUGAAGGUGAGGAAGAUAUGGCCUCCCAAAUGGUAUGCGGACUCAUCUUCAGACUGAUUUUGCCAGUCUGCCUUGCUGCAGCAUGUCUGUUCCGGUACAACGUGCUGUCUUUCGUCUACCUCAUCUACCUCCUGCUCAUCCCGCUGUUUGCAGAGCCGACGAAGACAACAAUGCAAGGCCACACAGGACGCCUGCUGAAAUCCCUCUGCUUCACCAGUUUGAGCUUCUUACUGCUGCACAUCAUUUAUCAGAUCACCAUCAACAGCCUGCUAGCAGGAGACAACAUUGAGCCCAACUUCAACUGUUCUUCAUGGGAGAAAUCAAUAAGACAGCUGGGCUUUGAAAGUGUCCGGGGGGCAGAUGCAGGUAACGGCAUCCGUGUUUUCAUCCCAGACAUUGGCAUGUUCAUUGCUGGCCUGGUUACAUGGCUCCUGUGUCGCAGUCUGGAAAAACCUCCAGGGAAGGACGUGUUGCAGCAUAAUACUGACUUUGACAUGGGGAACCAGGAACAGGAUGAUGAUGAAGAAGAGGAGGAGAAGGAGGAAGAGGAGGAGGAGGAGAAAGGCAAAAAGCUUAAGAUGGAACCCGAGCUGCACCUUGAGGAAGACUUUGAGUUGGAUGAUGAAGACUGUGAACCACCUGAUGAGGAGUUAGAAGUAGGGCAGGAAGAGCUGGAGGGGUUAGAGCCUGAGGAAGAGGAGGAGGAGAGCACUAAGAUGAAGAUCCUGCGACAGAUAGCGGAAGUGGCAUCCAGACUAAAAGAAAUCAUUGGGAAUCUGAUUGCAACUGCAGGGAAAGUAGUUGUAACCAUAUUACUGGGCCUUACAGGCAUCAUGUUACCCUCCCUCACCUCUGCCAUGUACUUCUUCACCUUUCUGGGCCUGUGCACUUGGUGGUCUUUCUGUCGCUCCUUUGACACGCUGCUCUUUAGCUGCCUCUGCGUGCUGAUGGCGAUCUUCAGCGCAGGACAUCUCAUCAUCCUCUACCUCUACCAGUUCCAGUUCUUCCAGGAAGCUGUUCCACCUGGAGAUCGUUACGCAAGUCUGUUUGGAAUUUCUCCGGUGGUCCUGAGUGACUGCUCCCACACCUGGAUGUUUAAAGUGAACCCUGAGCUCGAUUGGCACCACUUUGUCAAUCCCAUCAUGCUCCUGGUGCUGUACUACACGCUGGCCACGCUCGUCCGCCUUUGGCUGCAGGAACCAGUGGACACGCAGAUCAAAAAGAAAGAGGGAGAGGCUAAAGUAGCAGAGGAGAAUGAAGAGCAGUCUCCUGUAAGCACUGAGAUCCAUCAGACUGCAGAGAAAAAGAGAGAGAUGUGGAGGAUGGCACGCUAUCUCCCAGAUGAGAGAAAGGUAUUGAUUGUGACGUCCAAUGGAGGCCCCAUGGAUCUGAUGACUCUGUCACGGGAGCACGGGCCAGUUUCUGCAGAACUCUACUCCACCCCUAAAUACAAAAGCCACCAUGAGUCGGACAAAGAGAGAAUGGACACCAGCAUGUACGAGAUCAGCCCUGUGCACUCAGGAGUCCCCGGUUUGCCUGAGAGGACCGUCCGAGUGAACGCAGUGGUCAAGAUCUUUCGCUUUGUUAUGAAGCAGAGCUACAUCUGUGCCCUCAUUGCCAUGAUGGCAUGGAGUAUCACAUACGUGAGCUGGCUGACUUUCGUCUUCCUCAUCUGGUCAUGCACCUUGUGGAUGGUGCGAGACAGGAGAAAGUACGCCAUGAUCACGUCUCCCUUUAUGGUGUUUUAUGGGGACUUGCUCAUUGUUCUGCAGUAUAUCUGGAGCUUCCAGACGCUACAGCCUGUACCGGGCCUCUUCCUCAAGAAGGAGGUGCCCUUUCGGGAACUGGGCUCCAAGAUCCUGUGUCUUCUGAGUUUCUGGCUACUGCUAAGACAAGCUUUGACAGAAAGGAGUGAGAGACAGAGAGACGAGACACAGCUGUCUGAUAUCAGGGUGGAGGACACUUCACAAGAGAAAUAUAUGGAUGGAGAAGUUGGGGGACAGAGAGAGAUGAUGGAUGUGUUGGGCAGCACGCUCAUGGCCAUGUUAAAUAAGUACUGGAUCUACAUCUGUGGAGGAAUGUUCUUUUUCGUAAGCUUCGAGGGACGUAUUGUCAUGUACAAGAUCAUCUACAUGAUGAUGUUCCUCUUCUGUGUAGCGCUCUAUCAGCUGAACUAUGAGAGGUGGAGAUGGAUGCUGAAGUACUUCUGGAUGUCAGUAGUGGUGUACACCAUGCUGGUUCUUAUCCUCAUCUACACAUUUCAGUUUGAGUCUUCUUUACACGUCUGGUCCAAUAUGACUGGCUUGAGCAAAGAGAAGCUGGAAGAUCUAGGCCUGGAAAGGUUCUCUGUUCCAGCUCUGUUCACACGAAUCUUCAUCCCCACCUCCUUUUUGCUGGUGUGUAUCCUCCACCUGCACUACUUCCAUGAACGCUUCUUGCAGCUCACCGACAUCAAGGCAGUCGCAGACAAGCAGAAAAGCACCAUCUCUAGACUUGUGCACCUUGAUGGCAGUUUGGCAGAUUUAUCUAUGAUAAAACCUGAGUUUAACCCCUCUAUAAAAGAUGAAGAAAUUGAGGAGAAACUGGAUCUUGACGAGGAUAAGGAUGACAUUAAGAUAAGAGAAGAGGAAGAUGAAGAGAUAUGCGACGUGUUUUGCAAGACGGCGAGUUUCUCCUGCCACAUACUAUCAGAGCCAGAGCCUGAUCGUGGAGACGAUCUGAGGAAUAAGUGGCACCUGGUGAUGGACCGGCUGACCGUGCUGUUCCUCAAGUUCCUGCAGUACGUCUAUCAGCUGCAGCUCUUCAUCUGGUGGCUUUUAGAGCUUCACGUCAUCAAGAUUGUGUCUUCUUAUAUCAUCUGGGUUUCUGUGAAAGAGGUGUCCCUGUUUAACUAUGUUUUCUUGGUGAGUUGGGCUUUCGCUUUGCCCUUCAGCCAGUUUCGCCCUCUGGCCUCCAGCGUGUGCACUGUUUGGACCUGUGUCAUUAUUGUCUGCAAAAUGCUUUACCAGCUCACCUCCAUCCAGCCUACCACAUACUCCAAAAACUGCUCCAUGCCGGAUAACUAUACAGAUGUUCAGAGAUUGGACAUGGCCAGGUCUCUUCUCUACAUCAGCCCAGUAGACCCUGCCAACUGGGUCGGUCUCAAGAAGUUCUCUCCACUACUGGAGAAUUUAAGGAAUAACUUGUUGAUGCUGGCCUUACUGGCAUUUGAGGUAACGGUCUACCGCCACCAAGAUUUUUACCGUAUGAGAAACAACCUGACUGCUCCUGUCACAAGAACAAUCUUCCACAACAUCACACGCCAGCACCUGGAUGAUGGCAUCAUUAAUUGUGCCAAGUACUUUAUCAACUACUUCUUCUACAAAUUCGGCCUAGAGACCUGCUUCCUGUUAGCUGUGAACGUCAUUGGCCAGCGGAUGGAUUUUUGUGCAGUGCUGCAUGCAUUCGGGUUGAUUGCAGUGCUGUACCAGCGCCGGAGGAAGGCCAUCGCUGGGGUCUGGCACAAAUACUGCUUCUUCCUGGCCUGCAUGCUUACCUACCAGUACCUGAUAUGCAUUGGCAUCCCACCAGCAGCCUGCUCAGACUAUCCAUGGAGACGUCCCUCAUCCAGCAUGGACUCCAACGUGGUCAAGUGGCUCUACCUGCCAGACUUCCAUACCAGACCCAACCCUCUCUUCCUCCUCUAUGAUUUCAUGUUGCUGUUGUGUGCAUCGCUGCAGAGGCAUGUGUUUGAGGAGGAGAACGAUCCUGCAGUGCGUCUCCUGGCUGGUGAUAAUGUGGAGAUAUGCAGAGAUUUGGAUGCUGCCACCUUCAGUCAGCAUAACCCCGUCCCCGAUUUUAUCCACUGCAGAUCAUAUCUUGAUAUGCUGAAGGUGAUCAUGUUCAGCUAUCUCUUCUGGUUCGUCCUCACCAUCAUCUUCAUUACGGGGACCACACGCAUCAGCAUCUUCUGCAUGGGUUACCUGGUAGCCUGUUUCUACUUCUUGCUCUUUGGUGGAGAGCUGUUACUCAAGCCAAUUAAAACCAUUAUGCGUUACUGGGAUUUCCUUAUAGCGUACAACGUGUUUGUCAUCACCAUGAAGAACAUCCUCUCUAUAGCUGCCUGUGGAUAUAUAAAAGCCUUGGUGGUUAAUCACUGCUGGCUCAUCCAGCUGUUCAGCCUGGCAUGCACUAUAAAGGGCUAUUCACGACCGGAACAGCAGGCUAAUAAACAGUGUGAACUGCCCAGUGAUGAAGCAGGCAUCAUCUGGGACAGCAUCUGUUUUGCCUUUCUGCUGCUGCAGAGACGGGUCUUCAUGAGCUAUUACUUCCUGCAUGUAGUGGCUGAUAUCCGUUCUUCACAGGUUCUGGCAUCCAGAGGAGCUGAGUUAUUCCAGGCCACAAUCGUGAAGGCCGUGAAAGCACGACUUGAAGAGGAGAAAAAGUCCAUGGACUUGCUAAAGCGACAGAUGGACCGUAUUAAAAGCCGGCAGCAAAAAUUUAAGCGGGGAAAGGAGAGGAUGUUGAGCUUGGCACAAGAAAGUGGCGAGAGUCAAUCACUGUCCAGAGAAGAAGUGGAAGAUGACGGAGAGUCGAGUAAAGAGAUGAGAAAAGGGAAAAGGAAGCAGUGGUGGAGACCCUGGGUUGAUCACGCCUCCAUGGUGCGAAGCGGAAAUUAUUAUUUGUUUGAGACGGACAGUGAAGAGGAAGAGGAAGAAGAGGAGAAAAAAGAAGAAGAACCACCUAAGAAAUCUGCAUUUCAAUUCGUGUAUCAUGCAUGGAUCACUGACUCCAAAACAGCCAUGAAGGAACGCAGCAAAGAGAGGCGGCGUUUCUGGCAGAGAUACACAGAGGGACGCAAAACCAAGAAGGACCAGCGGGAGGCAGCUCAUGUAACCAUUGAAGUGGCAGAACAGGUGGAGGACACAGUUGAAGAAGAGAGAUCAGAUGGUCCAGACAACAUCCUGAAGCGUGUGUUUAACAUAGUGAAGUUUUCCUGGGUGCUCUUCCUGGCAUUACUGGACAGUUUCACUGCCUGGCUCAACUCGAUGUGCCAGGAAUACAUUGACAUCUCCACUGUGCUGCGCACUGAACGCUGUAUGCUCACACAUGAGGUCAAAAAGGGAAACACUCCAUCACGAGGGAUCAUACACAUGUAUUACCAGCAGCAGUUGUGCAGACCUUCGUCAUCUGAGACUGUUCUGGAGGAAGCAGAGAGACUGCAGGUUCAGCAUGGUUCUGUCUCAGCAUUGAGAAAACAUCGGGACAGAGAGGAUGAGAGCAUGAGCUCUGUUCCUAAUAAAGACAGUCUGACCAGUGUAUACACCGAGUCCACGAUGGCGUACAGUCAGUCCACGUUGGAGUCCAGUGAAACCGGUGUGGAUCGUGUGCCCAGGACAAGCGAGAGACUUCGACCCAAACUGUGUCGCCUACAGGGAGUGGAGCUCUCCUCCUCCUCUUCCUCCUCUGCCUCGUCAUCGGCUGAAAGUUCAGCCAGUGCUGCAGUCAGUGAAAACACACAGUGCACGGCAUUAUGUUCUCGCCAAGGCACAGGUGAUACCAUCGAAGAACAAAACAAUGUUAGAGAAAGCCCUCACUGUGGUGACGAACGGACCUCCACAGAGCUGCCCGAGCCCUCGGCUAUACGACGUUGUAGCAGUGAGGUGCAGACUCUCAAAGGAGGUUUAACACCAGAGUGGGACACUGUGUUAGCAUCCGAGCAGGCUACAUGGCCACAGCUCAGUCGGUUCCCUUCUGAGGCAGAUAUUCCUCCCUCUUACAGCAAAGCCACAGGUCUGGACUCUGUGUGUGAGGCAGCAGCUCACACUGAAGAGAAAAAGCUCAGAAUAAAUGCACCCGACAACAGCACACUCCCCUCGCUGAGCCAUGAGCUCACAGCCAGUGAACUGCUGCGCAACAGGAUGUUCUAUGAUGAAGAGCUGGAGGAAUCUGAGCGCUUCUACAGCUCCCAGCCGCAGAUCCUACAGCUGUGCUAUGCUCUCUAUAACAUGCUGGUGGCUCACUCAGAGAUGGUGUGCUACCUAGUCAUUAUUCUGAAUCACAUGGUCUCAGCCUCGGUGGCCACACUGGUGCUGCCCAUCCUCAUCUUCCUGUGGGCCAUGCUGUCUGUACCUCGGCCCAGCAAGCGCUUCUGGAUGACUGCUAUUGUCUACACAGAGGUGACCAUAGUGAUAAAAUACUUCUUCCAGUUUGGCUUCUUCCCCUUCAAUCAGAACAUAGAGCUGGACAAGAGCAAACCGUUCCACCCACCUAAUAUAAUAGGAGUUGAGAAGAAAGAGGGAUAUGUCCAUUAUGACCUGGUCCAGUUGCUGGCACUUUUCUUCCAUCGCUCAAUUCUUAAGUGUCAUGGACUGUGGGAUGAGGACGACACCAGAUCAGAAGCUAAAAAGACGCUGUACAGUCACUCCGACUCGGACACAGAGAAACCCCCAGUCCGGAGGGAAAGGAGUUCACUGACCCGCAGCACUUUAACAGAGGCUACAAGCGUCCGUAUCCCGAGAAAACUCUCAAACACGCCUUCCACCAUGCGCCGACACAGUUCCAGUGCAGGAUCACACAUUUCCCAGAGAUCAAUACGUUCCAGAGGAGGCAGUUCAGUCACGAGGUCGAGUGUGUCUCGAGUGGGAAGUGUGUUAGGGGUUCAGCAGAAGAGCCGCAAGGAGCUAAUUAUGGAGAAAUUUCGAGAGCAGCUCAUCAAAGCCAAGAAAUUUACAGUCAAAAUAGCCCUGGAUAUCUUCGUUCCAAUUCGUCAGUUCUUCUACAAUCUGAUCCACCCAGAAUACAGCGCUGUGACAGACGUCUAUGUCCUCAUGUUCUUGGCCGAUACCGUCGACUUCAUCAUCAUCGUUUUUGGGUUCUGGGCUUUUGGGAAACACUCUGCUGCAGCAGACAUCACAUCAUCACUGUCAGAGGAUCAGGUCCCUGAAGCAUUCCUCGUCAUGGUCCUCAUCCAGUUUGCGACUAUGGUGGUGGACCGUGCGCUCUAUCUCAGGAAGACUGUUAUGGGGAAAGUUAUCUUUCAGGUCAUAUUAGUGUUCGGUAUCCACUUCUGGAUGUUCUUCAUACUUCCAGGAGUCACUGAGAGGCGUUUCAGUCAGAACAUGGUGGCUCAGCUCUGGUAUUUUGUCAAGUGCAUCUACUUCGGUCUGUCAGCCUACCAGAUCCGCUGUGGCUACCCAACACGUGUGCUGGGCAACUUCCUGACCAAAAGCUAUAAUUAUGUCAACCUUUUCCUCUUCCAGGGGUUCCGGUUGGUUCCUUUCCUGACUGAGCUGAGAGCCGUGAUGGACUGGGUUUGGACAGACACUACUCUGAGUCUUUCUAACUGGAUCUGCGUGGAGGACAUUUACGCACAUAUCUUUGUGCUCAAAUGCUGGAGGGAAUCAGAGAAAAGGUAUCCUCAGCCACGUGGACAAAAGAAGAAGAAGGUGGUUAAAUAUGGGAUGGGUGGUAUGAUCGUCAUGUUACUCAUCUGCAUCGUCUGGUUCCCGCUCCUCUUCAUGUCUCUGGUCAAAUCGGUGGCUGGUGUCGUCAAUAAACCCCUGGAUGUAUCCGUCACCAUCACACUGGGAGGAUUUCAGCCAAUCUUCACCAUGAGUGCUCAGCAAAAUCAGCUGAAGGACAUCACCGAGGCAGAAUUCCUAGAGUUUAUGAAUUCCUACAACUACAUUCCGAGUGCAAUGCAGUUUUUAGAGGCCUACACCGCAGAGGAUGUGACAGUAGCUGAGCUAGAAGGAAGUUCAAACUCUCUGUGGACCAUCAGCCCACCCAGCAGGAAGAACCUCAUGGAUGUAUUAAGCAAAGAGGACCAAUUUCCUGUCACAAUGUCCUGGACUAUACAGAGGAAUCUUAGUCUUGGGGCUAAGGCUGAAAUUGCCAUGGACAAGCAUGUUACAUAUCUGGAUAUGAAUACAAGGCAAGAGUUAAUAGAUUUGCUGAACGGAACGAGGAACAAAGCUGUAGUUAUAAAACAGGUUUUCCCGUGUUUCAUUCGAGCUCCCAGUGACUCAAAUGCAAAACCUAUAGAACAGCUUUUUAAAGAGGGUGAAUAUAAGGACAUCCUUUUGGACCUGGAGCGCACCAAUAACAGCGGUGAGGUUCAGGAGUGGUGGAUCGUGGACCAGCCAUCUGCAGAGAAGAUCAACAUCAGAUUUGGAGCGAAGGCAGAAAUGAUGGGGGAGGCUGGACUGCAACUGUACGUCUUCAAUGAUAAAGUUAGUCCUCCCAGCCUGGGCUUUCUUGCUGGCUAUGGCAUCAUGGGUCUGUAUGCGUCUGUUGUGCUGGUCAUAGGCAAGUUUGUGCGUGAAUUCUUCAGCGGGAUCUCACACUCUAUCAUGUUCGAGGAGCUGCCUUGUGUGGAUCGCAUCCUCAAAUUGUGCACCGAUAUCUUCCUGGUACGAGAAACUGGAGAGCUGGAGCUGGAGGAAGAUCUGUACGCCAAGCUCAUCUUCCUCUACCGCUCACCAGAGACCAUGAUCAAGUGGACCAGGGAGAAGACUAAAUGACCCAACGAGAGUCUACAAGGAACAGGGAGAAAUGAAGCUCGAGUUGAAGGACAUGCCGCUGAGGAGGCAGGGGAGCGUGUUCUCAUAAUCAGUGUGCUCUCAUGAUAAUGAAUUUAAAAAAUGGCCUCCAAUUGUGGAGUCUUUAACAAUGUGACCAAUGAGGUUUAGCUAAACUGAACCUGAAAAGCCAAAGGACUUGGGGACUAGAGCAGCUUCCAUAAACGUUACUAAGCAGGGAUAAGCUGUGUUCUAGCACCCCCUACCUGUUCAAACAGACAUGAACUGGAUUGUGCAAUAUACUGUCCUGGUAGCUGUAAACACAAGAGCAAGAUAAAAAAAUAAAUAAAAAAAAGACAGUGACUGAAAGACACUAGCCACUUUUGACUCAAGAGAAAAUGAUGGGAAGUGCUUGGGUCCUUCAUAAAAAAAAAAAAGGCAAAUCAGAGACAAGACAUAUCACCAGGAUUCAUUCACAGUGAUUGAAAGUGUGGGAACCUGAUGACCACGUUGUCAGGAGUAUCAUCUCAUCAAAACAGUAUUUAGUUUGUUUUUCCAUAUAUGGCAAGGAACAGCCACAGCAUCAACUCUUCUUUCAUGCAGUUACAGAUAUUCUGUGUACAGUGGGGUGGGAUUGCGGUUUCACUGACCUGAGCAUAAAGCACAUUUUGGAA